CCCUCCUCGGACAAGGUUUCGCAUCCAAAUCCAAAUCCAAAUCCAAAUCCCUCUCUCUCUCUCUCUCUCUCUCUAAAUCCCCUCCCUCAUCCCACCACUCUUCGUCCUCGCCAUCGCCCUUCUCGGUAAGGUGUUUGAUGAAAUGUUAAGCCUCCCGUGCCAUUUGCUUUCGUUCCCUCGUGUCGAUGUUUAUUGAUCGAAGGAGCUCGUAGAUCAAAAGUUCAAAACAUCUAAGAAAAUAUGAAAGAAGAUGAUUUCAUCAAUCUCGAUUCGUCUUGCGACAACAGCGAGACUGACAAAGAAAAUGGUGGACAAGGAUUGGGGUUGGGUCUUCGUGAAAAUAAUUCGCCAACCAGUACACCUCAAUUGAAAGAGGACUUACCUAAUAGGGAGAGUGUAAAGAAUUCUGAAGGGAGCUUUGAAGCUGAAGAAAACCAACAUGAGCAGGAUAUGGAUCUCGAAGAUGAUAUCAUUGAGAAACAACCCAUCAUUCAAGAAAGUGUUCAGUUUGUUGCUACUGUGACCAGCACUUCUAACAGUCUUUUGAUUGAUGAUAGACGUAUCCUUUUCUAUAUUCCUCUUUUUGUAUCAUGUAUUGCCUCCCAAAUAAGUACAUCACUGGAGGGAGAAUUAUCUGGCACAACUUCUACAGGAAUAAAAAGAGCUCGAGUAACAUCUAUUGAUAAACAACCCUCAGUACGUGUAAUUUACAGCUCAUUGGCAAGAGAAAGCAAAAGAAAGCUUACUGAACUCAUGCAAGUAUGGUCGGAGUGGCAAGCACAGUACCAGUCUUCUACAAAAGAUUCCACAAUGGAGCCCUUGGAGAGCGGUGAAGAGACGUACUUUCCAGCACUACAUCUGGUCUCUGAGAAAUCUUCUACUGUGGUAUGUUUGUAUCGGUCAUUUUGGUUAGACAACCAAGCAAGAGAAGGUGUUGUUAAGGGCAAUGACUCGGUUCCUCUUUAUGAUCGUGAAUAUGCAUUGGCUUCAACUUCACUUGAUGGUUCAGCUAGCUUUGAAAGGGUUGAAAAAGAAGAUUCACGUUGUUUCAAUUGCGGUUCGUAUGGUCACUCUGUGAAGGAGUGCCCAAAGCCUCGCGACAAUGCUGCGAUUAGUAAAGCCCGGAGGCAGCACAAUGCAAAACGAAACCAAUCUGCCAGUAAUCGUGGCCAAACCCGGUAUUAUCAGAAAACAACCGGGAAGUUUGAUGAUUUGAAAGCAGGAGUUCUUGGCCCUGAGACCAGAGAAUGCUUGGGGAUCAGGGAAAAUGAUCCACCCCCUUGGUUGAGCCGAAUGCGUGAGCUAGGGUACCCUCCUGGAUAUUUAGCUGUUGUUGAGAACGAAGACCAGCCUUCCGGGAUCAAGAUAUAUGCUGACGGCGAGGAAGAGAAGGAAGAAUAUGAAGAGGGGGAGCUCCCUGAGAAAGGCGAGCCCAUAUCCCCCGAGACCAUAAUGACGGUUGAGUUCCCUGGAAUCAACGCCCCGAUACCAGAGAAUGCUGAUCAGUGGCUCUGGGCGGCCCGAUCGCAAUCCCACCACCGCAUAUCAGAAUCGCAUAGACGGCGGUCCGGCAACCAGCACGAUGAGGGCCUACUUGGUGCAGAGCCAGGGCGCAGAAACGCACCCUCAUUGCCAUCCUACUCUUCGAGCUGUUUAUCUUUAUCUAGUUGGGACAGGUGGCGCCCUGGGGAGCAUCACCGCGAAGAGGGCCUACCGGGUGCAGAGAUAGGGCACAGUAGCUCAGCCUACUCUCCUCGGUAUAGUCCUUAUGAGCAAAACCCUAGCUCUAGGACCUCGAGCCUUGGGAGGUCACUUUCCGAGAAAGGGUGGAGAAGCCCGGGGGCUUGUGAUAAUAUUUCUCCUCCGGUCCAGAGUCCUCGCAGCCCCUACCCACACCCGUCGGCUAGGCAGUCACCACAACACAAUAGUUUGAUCCUUGAUGAUUGGAAGCAUGAGAGUUCGUACAGCACGAGCAGGGACGGGUCCUCGCACCAACCAAGGGACCGGCAAGAUCAACGUCGGAAUCGUAGAAGGUGAAGUGCUUCUGCUACCAAAUAUACGGCUUUUUUCUAUAAAAUUCACCGCCUGAUAUAACCUUUUAUCUAAUUAUUUCCGUAUCUAUGAAGUCAUUUCCUCUGUAUACUGGAAAACCUCAUUUAUUGCCGAUGAAUUGAAAGACACUGAGUUUACUGCUGUAAACAUGCUGCAUAUUUCGUUAA